AUAAUAAUUUAAGCGGUAGCGAGCACGUGCGCGUACCCGUAUUCUUUGUGUUGCAGCGUAGAGAAGCGCAAAAAGAGUAACCAUGGCUGAUGAAAAACCUAAGGAAGGAGUGAAAACGGAAAGCAGCGAGCAUAUAAACCUGAAGGUAGCAGGACAGGAUGGCUCUGUGGUUCAGUUCAAGAUUAAAAGGCACACCCCCCUCAGCAAACUCAUGAAAGCCUACUGCGAGAGACAGGGACUGGCCAUCCGGCAAAUCAGGUUCCGGUUUGAUGGACAGCCAAUAAACGAGACGGAUACACCAUCACAAUUGGAAAUGGAGGAUGAAGAUACGAUUGACGUAUUCCAGCAACAGACAGGCGGUCUGCUUUAAUCGCAGCCGUGUAUCAGCAACCGGUUCCCCCCAUCAUCCUUUCCUGAAUCGCUACACACACAAACGCACGCUCAAUAUGCUUAUUUGCAACUCUCUCUGCUGUCACAAAAGAAUGGCCAGACAUCAGCAUUCUCAACUACAAUUUUUUUUUUUUUUUGUAUAGUUUUUUUGACUUUAUUCUCACCCAUGUUACUUUGCUGUUGUUGUACAUAAUGCAGUCUAAGUUAUGGUUUUAUUUGCUGAUGUCAUGCCAUGGCAAAUGUUACUCGACCUCGUUUAGACUUGGUAGGGCUUGUUCUGAAGAUACAGACUAUGAAUGGAAAGAAUGAAUUGAAAGGAAUUAAUUGAAUGUUUGGCUAUAGGCUAGGCUUAGCUGUCAUCUGAGAAAAAAGCUCUACAAGUCAAUCUGUUUUGGGCUGGAUAUUGCAGAGCAGAUUAUUGUAUUAAGUCUAUCUGCCUAAAAAAUUGAUUUUCUAACCCCUUUUUUAAAUAAAGUAGUGAAUGUGUAGGAAAAAUGACCACCUUGUCUUAUAGUUAUGCAAGGCCAUAAUGUCAUGUUAGUCUAAAUCUUAAUCUGAAGUUAAUGUUUGUUUAAAUAAAUCGACUGUUUUUACCAAACUCC